AUGGAACAGCUUCCCACAGAACUACUGGAAAACGUUCUCCAGAAUCUUAAUCAACUAAGUCUCGUGCGGUCUCAACAAGUCUGUCGCCGAUGGGAUGCUUUAGUCAAAUCCUCUACCACACUCCGCCUGGUCACGUACCAGAGCGCAAAAGCGGAUCAACAGGGGAACAAAUGGCCGACUUCACCGUCUACAAGGCUGAACCCCUUACUAUCGGGGCCCAGCCAGAAACCUGAUCUCAGCUCUGCCUACAACGACUUCGAAGAUGAUUGUGACAACACCACCAGUUCUGUUCGCGAAACCGCUAUUGAAUACCCUGACGAGAUAUACGGGGUGGUAGCAACUGCCAGCUCUGUUUACACCAUGCUGAUCCCGCACUUCAAACAGCGCAUCGCUGAAGUUAUGCAAUUCCCGUUGACUGACUGCAGCUCGGUACCCUCAUGGAUGAGCAUGCACGUCUUCCACCGGCAGUGCAAACUUUUGAGCAUUACCGUACAAAGCCUUUCAAGCCCAGGCGAGCUGCAGUGUCUCACAGUCGAGAACCCACAAGGUGUACGACUGGGCAACAUCAUCAGCUCCAUGCUGGUCGAUCAGGUCCAAUAG